ACCGGAAGCAGUACUGUGGUAAAUUACCCACAACCGCUUGCUUCAGUCGAGAAGUUUCUCGCUUGUUUAUUGAUUGAAUUCGGGAGUUAUUUUGAAUUUUGUCAGUGUUUUUUAUUUCUUUUUUGGAUACCUUGUAAAAGAGCUGCAAUGGCGCAGUAUAAAGGAGCGGCAAGUGAAGCGGGGAGAGCGAUGCAGCUCAUCAAGAAGAGAGAAAGAGAGCGAGAACAGCUCGAGCAGCUCAAACAGAAGAUAGCAGAGGACAACAUGGUGAAGUCCAACAUUGAUAAAAAGUUCUCUGCCCAUUAUGACGCUGUGGAGCAAGAGCUCAAGUCCAGCACUGUUGGUCUGGUGACUCUGAAUGACAUGAAAGCGAAGCAGGAAGCCCUGGUCAAAGAACGAGAGAAACAGCUUGCCAAGAAAGAGCAGUCAAAAGAGCUACAGCUGAAGCUGGAAAAACAGAAGGAGAAGAAAAGAAAGGAAGAGCAGAAAAGGAAGAUUGCCAGUUUAUCCUUCAAUCCAGAUGACGGAGAGGAAGAAGAGGAGGAAGAGGAACUUGAGGAGGAGAUAUGCUUGCCUGUAAAGAAGAAAAAACUAGGGAAGAACCCAGAUGUGGACACCAGUUUCCUGCCUGACAGAGACAGAGAGGAAGAAGAAAAUCGUUUAAGAGAGGAACUUAGGCAAGAGUGGGAAAGAAAACAAGAGAAGAUCAAAAGUGAAGAAAUUGAAAUCACUUUCAGCUACUGGGAUGGCUCAGGACAUCGAAAAACUGUCAAGAUGAAGAAAGGCAACACAAUUCAGCAGUUUCUCCAGAGGGCGCUGGAAGUUUUGAGAAAAGACUUCAGUGAGCUGAGAUCAGCAGGAGUGGAGCAUCUAAUGUACAUUAAGGAGGAUUUGAUAAUCCCACAUCAUCACAGUUUCUAUGAUUUCAUUGUGACAAAAGCAAGAGGCAAAAGUGGGCCCCUUUUCAAUUUUGAUGUGCAUGAUGACAUUCGGCUGGUGAACGAUGCCACAGUUGAGAAAGAUGAGUCUCAUGCGGGAAAAGUGGUGCUGAGGAGCUGGUAUGAGAAAAACAAACACAUCUUUCCUGCCAGCCGCUGGGAGCCUUAUGAUCCCGAAAAGAAAUGGGACAAAUACACUAUUCGGUGAGAUGCCAAAUCUACAAGACAUGCAGAGUUCCUGAACCAUCUUGCUGUGUUGUUGGUUUUAUGGACACCAGGCAGCAAAAUGCUUCAUCUUGUGUAGCAUUUUUAAGUAUCUAUGACUAUUUGGACCCAUGUUUUCAUUGUAUAUAGGUGAAGAUGAGGCCUAAACUUGGCCAGUUGUGAACAUUGUGUCAUACGCUAGUCAGAUCUUGCACAGAACUAACCUGACAUGUUCUCCUCCUUGAUUGUAAAUAGAGCCAUGAGUGUUUCAAUCAUCUCUUGAAUCUUAUUCAAAAUAAAUUCCUCCUUUAUUUACCUUU